AUGCUUCGCAAUCACGGGCUCAGCACCGAGAUAUGGCUCUUAGUCAUGAUGGUCCUAGGACAACCAUCAUUGAAAGCUCUCACAGAGGUAUCCAGGGAUCUUCAUGCGCUAGGCACGCCUAUCCUGUAUUCCAAGAUUGACCUAAGCAUCCACAAUCUCAUUCAACAAUCCACUACAGAAGGUGGCCAGGAAAUCGCCCAAAAGAUCUUUGGCCAGCAGAACCUGUUUAUGCAGCAACUUCUCGACCGACCAGAGAUGGCCUUGCGAGUGCGAUCUUUCACUUGGACAAUGGGUUUGCAGCAACUAUGCGAGCUACCUCGAUGGUCGCAGAAAGAAGGGAAGCCAUCCCCAAUCCUCCAACUGGAAAAUAUCUACAGGCUCUAUCAAUCUCUACGCAAUGUCACCUUCGUGGAUAUUAGUGGAGGAGAUCUCCAUGAUUAUCCCUAUCCAUCACUUCCUCCUCUCUUCCCCGAGGCCACUCACAUUCGCCUUAGCGGCCAGAUGCAUCAUGCUCUCGCCUCAGCAAUACUCCAUGGCCCACAACAAGCACCUUUAAAAUGCUUAUCUCUUAACAAUCUUUUAGAAGCUGGCUGUCUUAAGGACGGUCAGAAUUUCCAACCACAAUACGACGCUCGCUUCAAGUAUCGGCCUCAACUACUGCCGCUAGAAGAAAUCUGGCCUGAUAAUGGGAGCCCCAUCCAGGUAGCACCGGGUGAGAUGGUCCGCCUCUUAGGCCCUGCGCUUCAAUCCCGUUGUUCCCAUCUGUGUCGGUUCACAUUUAGUAUCCUCGACCUCACAUCCGAGUCUAGGCUCAGGAUUCUUCCCCCAGGCUGGUGCACUCGGAACGCAGCUAUUCACGACGAGUUAACGGCGUUCUUUCACACUAUCCACCCGCAAGAAGUUACGUUGUUGUAUUCACGUCUAUCUCCCGAGCGAAGAGCAGAGCUCAAGUCCCGUUACUGGCGACGCCGUUGCCUUGUAUCCUCUCGGCCUUCACUCUCUCCCAAGCAAAGGCUCCUUCAAACUUUGCUGGAAGGCUGGCCAGAGUUGCAAAGUAUGGAGAUACGUGGGGGAAGUCGAGAUUCUGACUUUCCGAAUGCAUCAGUGGAGCCCUUCUCAUCACCUGCAGGCCGACAAAGUCUGGAAAAUGUUCGAGUCUGCUUUGAGCCGCAUAGUUGGGAAACCUAUUACGGUCAGAUCGGAACUGCCGCUACCAUUAGAUGA